AUGUGUCGGCAUCAUAAAAUCAAAGCUGCUGAUAAAUGGUACAAGCACCACCCUGAGGCCGUAACUGAGGGAGGAAAUAUAACUAUUCUUUGGGACUUCCCAUUAUGUACAGAUCAGACCAUCAAGGCAAAUAAACCAUAUAUUGUUGUGAACGACAAAAGCAAUGAAGUCUGUUCAUUGAUUGACAUGAGCAUGAAAUGUGCCCAUAAUAUCUCGACAAUAGAAUUUGAUAAGCUCAGAAAAUAUAGAGAUCUGCUAACCGAAAUCGAAAAGAUGUGGCAUCUGAAGACGUUUAUAACACCUCUGAUUGUAGGAGCACAUGGAAUGAUCAAAAAAGGAACUGAAAAUUAUUUAAGACUGAUCCGUGAGUUACCGUCCAUGCAGGAAGUACAAAAGAUUGCCUGA